CAAAUCAGUCUCUCGGUAACUGCAAUGUCGAACGGACGCUUCGGAACGAACCUGCCCCGAGUGUGAAGCAUCGUGCGAGCUUCUCGGUCUUCGUCGUCGUCGCCGCGGUUUUUUUUUUCUAUGGUGUCGUCCUCUGGAAGUCUCCGCCGUCUCGGUGGUCAAUCGAUUUUAUUUUUCGGUAAAGACACUUUAAGCCGGGUAUGACUUUAAACUUUGCUGGAGUUAACCCUUCGAAGAAAGUUUAACCUUUUUGGGAGUAGUUUUUUCGCCUUUUCUCGAGUUUUCUGAAGCUGCAAUCCAAGUUCCAGUUGGAGUUCGGUUCCAAUUGGACUGUUGCUUUAUGCUCUGGUGCUAUCGGUGAUUUUUCGGGAGAAUCGUCACUUUCGUCGUCGUGCGGUGUCUGGAUCGUUUUCGCGUGCUGCGUUCAAAGAGCGGAAUAGGAAGAGCAAAAGAGCGAAGCCAAAGAAUGCUGGACAAGAGAAUUGCUCGAUAAGCAGGCAAACGAAACGUUCUGUUUGGUCUCUGCAUGCGAUGGUGGCUUCUCGAUCCAAGCAAGCCAGCUUGGUGUGAGUGUUUGCGUAUCGAAAAUUGACAGCAGGCAGCUGGUGUAAACAGAAGAAAAAUAUUGUUAGCUGCUGGUGCAAAAGUGAAAAUUUCAGUAAAUUUUGUGAGAAAUGUAAACGCUAACGAAGCGAAAUUUGUCGGUGAUAAGUGACAAACGGAUCUGGAUUGUUCUGUGAAUGGAAACGAUUUGUUUUCCGGUCGAUAAAGUACUUUUUUCGAAUUGCGGCCCUCAACUAUUGGGACAGGUCUCGGGCACAGGUGUCCAAUUGGAAAACAGUCAGCUGGACAGGAGCUUUAAUGACACAAAGGUCAAACUGAUGCACAAUAUAGUGCAGUCCAAAAGCAGCCGCAUUAAUGUUCCGGAAACGGCCAUCCAUUUCCUUGAAGCAACUCUGGCCAUAGCAAGUGUUUGUUUACGUUUAUUAGGCACCCACAACCUCGUCCAAGCUAAACGAAUCUCGGUUCCGGUGCGGCCACCUUAUUGAGCCAUUUCUCCUGUGUGAAAUCUACCUUCUAGACCAACGAAAAGCCCUUCCGGAAGUAGAACUCCUCCUGAAAGAUGACAUUUCGGUGAUCCAGUUCCCGUGUUUUGUUUUUGGUGGCUCCGUUGAGCAGUUUCUCCACCUUUGCCGUAUUCCGAAUCUGUGCUCUGGGUGUGUUUGUGUGCGAGAGCCCAAAAAUUUGCCUCCCAAAGAAGUUCUUCAGAAGAAACAUCCCGAAUCUAGGGCAAAUAUUGAUGUAGGGUUGAUUUGUUAGACCCAAAAAAACCAGAACCAGGGCCAAUUCAACGUCAAUAAGAAGUCCCGGUUCCAACUAGAACCUCAGAAAAGCAGAAGUUAUCGCCCUAGUUAGUGUGAGUGUUGCUAGUGGCUGCAGCAUCCAUCGUCGAUUCUGCCUUUAAACGGAGAGAAAAAAAAAUCUUCACAACAGUGCAAGUGAGCCCUCAAUGCAGGGAAAAAGUCAGCAGCCAAAGCUGUUGAAAUAAGUGGAGGAGAAGCAAAGCAAAAGUCUUCAACCACCUCGUGUGUUUAAAUGUAAUGAAGCUGUUUGUUGUUAUUGUUAAUGUUGCCGCACCAGUCGGUUGAAAGAAAAUUGUGUCUGUGUUUGUGUGUGUCUGUGUGCGAAUUCCCCGUAUUCCGUGGGAAAAUUUGUUAGUAUCCUCUUAAAUAUUACGUCGGCAGCAGAGCGAUCAAAUCCGCAUCAAUAUCCGGGUUUCCCCGUGGUUCGCGCGCGCCAGCUUCCGCUGGAAAAACAAACACACGUCGCGUAUCGCGUGCAGGACUUCCAAAAUUUGCAAUUUAUCGCGUAGGCGAAGCGGCCUGGGUCUGGGCCUUAUCUUAAUGUCAUCGAAGCCGUAACCGGUCUCCGGCUUUCUGCCUGUCUGUCUGUUAGUCUGUCUGUUGUGGGUUGGUCUCAGUGUAGCAACCGGAAGCAGCAGGCUCCAGAUUGUAUAAAAAUUAUAUGUUAUUGCCUUGUCACCCGUCUGCCAUGUCUUGUUGCAAAUAAAUAGCAAGGUUUUGAGAAAAAAGGAAAAGAAAGGAAAAACUUUUUCCGAAACGAAAGUUUGCCGGAAAUCAAACCGGCGGCGUGUCGGGAAAAAGUUGGGCAUCUCUUUAAUGGUUAUUUUGUUUUUCCUGGUCAAUGGGUGUGGAGGUGAAAAUUUAUUCUUCCUAAGUUGAGCUGGGGGUGAUAAGAGUAUAGCAGUUUUUUCGGUUAUUAUUAUUGGAAUCGACGAAAAGUGAAAUAUUCAACAUGUCGUCCCAUCAUGUUUAUGGGGUGCUUAUAGCACUAACCUGUGUGUUGUGCUAUCAUAACAGCCUAAACUGCGGAUUUGUGUUCGACGAUAUCAGCGCGAUCAAGGAAAAUCGAGACCUGAGGCCGCACUCGUCGAUCAAGAACAUCUUCCUGAAUGACUUCUGGGGGACACCGAUGCAUAAGGAACAAAGCCAUAAAUCAUACCGGCCCCUGUGUGUGCUCACAUUCCGUUGGAACUAUCUGCUGCACGGGCUGGAGCCGGCCGGCUAUCAUCUGGUCAACAUGGUCCUGCACACGGUCGUCUCGCUCAUGUACUUCCGAAUGUGCGCCAUGUUGCUGUCCGAGGUGUCCAGCUUUGCGGCGGCGAUGCUCUUCGCGGUCCAUCCGAUCCACACCGAGGCGGUUACCGGUGUGGUCGGACGUGCAGAAACGCUAUCUUCGGUGUUUUUCCUGGCGGCGUUCAUUUUCUACACCAAGGCGACCCGGCGGAAAAGAUCAACAGGAUGGCGAUAUUUGUUGGUGGCAAUGGUUUUUGUUGCUACUGCCAUGCUUUGCAAAGAGCAAGGCAUCACCAUUACUGGAGUGUGUGCAAUCUACGAGAUUUUCGUCGCUCAAAAGAUCCGCCUGGGGGACAUCUACCAUUUGGCCCGCUCGGUAAUGAGCGGAAAGUCACUGCCCUAUCCGAGUGGCUGGUGGCCCCACGAGGCAACCCGGCGGCUGGCCGUCCUCUGUGUGGCCACGGUUGCCCUUCUCUUUGCCCGGCUGCAGAUCAUGGGUUCACAGCUGCCCGUUUUCACCCGAUUCGACAAUCCAGCCUCGGUUGCGACAACCCCAUCCCGGCAGCUGACCUAUAACUAUCUGGCAUCGGUCAACCUGUGGCUGCUGCUGUUUCCGUGUGACCUGUGCUGUGAUUGGACCAUGGGAACGGUUCCGCUGGUGGAAAGCUUCUCCGAUGCCCGGAACGCCGUCACUCUCGGGACCUACAGCUUGCUGGCCGUCCUAGCGUGGGUGGCCUUCGUGCAGCAAACGGACCGGUACAAGUCCGGGGUCAUCGUGAUGGGCCUAGCCUUCAUGAUUCUUCCAUUUCUGCCGGCCUCGAACCUGUUCUUCCCGGUGGGAUUCGUCAUUGCGGAACGGGUACUUUACAUGCCCUCGAUGGGUUUCUGCAUCCUGGUGGCGUACGGAUUCCAGCUGGUGUCGGAAAGGUGGUCCCGCAAGAUGACCUGGGCCUGCCUUGGGUUCCUGCUGCUAAGCCACUCGAUUAAGACCUACAAUCGUAACGCAGACUGGGAGUCUGAGUACACGAUCUUCAUGUCCGGCCUAAAAGUCAACCAGCGUAACGCCAAGUUGUUUAAUAAUGUUGGUCAUGCUCUGGAGAGCGAAGGAAAGUUCGAAGAAGCUCUUCAAUUCUUUCAUAAAGCCGUCAGCGUUCAAGAGGACGACGUCGGGGCACACAUUAACGUCGGCAGGACCUACAACCAUCUAAAGAUGUUCAAGGAAGCUGAACAAGCCUACCUUAAGGCGAAGUCAUUACUGCCGAAAGCAAAACCCGGCGAGUCCUAUCAAGCUAGGAUUGCCCCAAAUCAUCUGAACGUGUUCCUCAAUUUGGCUAAUUUAAUUUCCAAAAACGCCACUCGACUGGAGGAGGCAGAUUUGCUGUAUCGACAAGCCAUCAGUAUGCGUUCCGAUUACACCCAGGCGUACAUCAAUCGGGGCGACAUCCUGAUCAAACUGAACCGAACCAAAGAAGCGCAGGAAGUCUACGAAAGGGCGCUUCUCUACGACAGCACCAAUCCAGACAUCUACUACAACCUGGGAGUUGUCUUCCUGGAACAGGGCAAAGCUUCCCAGGCGCUGGCCUACCUGGACAAGGCCCUGGAGUUCGAUCCGGAGCACGAACAGGCCCUGCUGAAUUCGGCCAUCCUGCUGCAGGAACUGGGCCGACCGGAGCUGAGGAAAAUUGCUCGCGAACGGCUACUGAAACUGCUGGCCAAGGAUGAAUCCAACGAACGAGUCCACUUCAACCUGGGUAUGCUUGCGAUGGACGAUCGAAACACGGAUGAGGCGGAAAAUUGGUUCCGCCGGGCUGUGCAUCUGAAGCAGGACUUCCGAAGUGCCCUGUUCAAUCUGGCCCUGCUCUUGGCCGAUGACCAUCGGCCCCUGGAAGCGGCACCUUUCCUUAAUCAGCUGGUGAAGUACCAUCCCGAUCACAUCAAAGGCCUAAUAUUGCUCGGGGAUAUCUACAUCAAUAACAUCAAAGACUUGGAUGCAGCUGAAAAUUGCUACAAACGCAUCCUGCAGCUGGACCCGGUCAACAUCCAGGGCCUGCACAACCUGUGCGUGGUGUACGUGGAGCGGGGCAAACUGGGCCAGGCCCAGUCCUGCCUUUCGCACGCCCACCAGCUGGCCCCCGGCGAGGACUACAUCCUGCGCCAUCUGCAGAUCGUCCAGACCCGCAUCCAGCGACUGAGGACGACGGCCGCCCCCAGCCGGGAGAAGGAGAUUGCCUUCGCCGAGUUCGACCCGCGAGAGUUUGGCGGAAGCGGGUCCGGCCUGGUGGAGGAUUAUCUCCCCGGGUCUGCAACGUUAAUUAGUGAGAGUGGUAGUUCUGUUGUCGGGGAAGAGGCGGCAGAAACAUCCGGUGUAAAUAGUGACGACGGAGCAACUAGUUCUAGUUAUAGUCAGAGUAGUAGUAGCAGCAGUAGUCAUAACCAUAAUAAUCUGGAAACAUCAUUACCUCAUGCGACGGCAGCAGCAGCAGCAGCAUCCCGACGGCCAACGACGACGCCGACUGAGGGUGGCAGCCCUAGUAGAAGCAUUAGUUCAACAGAAAGCAACAGUGAUCCGAUAUUCAUCGAAUCAGACGAUUCAAUCUCCGAGACGCCUUCGCCGUCGCCGUCGUCGUCUUCUUCAUCGGUGGAUGCUUCCAGUCGGAAGGCGGCCUCAUUGCCGGCGUCGAGCAACAGUCGCCGAGAUCCGCAGCUGCCGCCUGUGGUGGCCAACGAUAGCCAUCAGCAUCGGCGCCAAGAAAGUGUACCCGAAUUUCGGGACGACACAACUAGUGAUGGUAGCAUCAGUAAUAGUGAUAGCAGAAGUAGUAGUAGGAGUAGUAGCGGCAGCACUUUAAGUGGAAACAGUCGAAUUGUCAGUAAUCACUUAGAGCAACAGCAACAGCAGCAUGCUUCUAGGGCGAGGGGGAGAAGGGGAAACUACCACCAUCAUCAUCAUCAGCAGCAACUUCAAAAUGGACCAACGUCGGCUGGCCCAUCAUCGUCGUCGUCAUCUGCGUCGACGUCCAAAUUAGUCGGAAAAGACAUGGACGACCCGUCAUCCGGGAUGUCAUAGCAUCAGAUUCUCAAUUACAAGUUAGACUGUUUCAAAAUUAAUUAGGGACUGAACCUCGUCGCCUGCCCCCCCUUAAUAGUACUGGGUACAGAUAGGAGAGUCUGUGCAAUAACUGAGACCCCCAUGCACGGUGUGUUUUUAGAAGCUUUUUAUUGGAAAAAAAAGUACCUAGCGCUAAAUUUCUCAUGAACCCAGUUAGCUUUUCCUGGUUUAAUUUUACUAAACAAAAUUGGACAAAGAGUCCCCAAAAUCCCCAAAAAGAUUUUUUUGAAAGCCUUUCUGUGUAAAACCAAUUGAAAAAUUUACUGUUUUAAUGACAUAAAACAAAAAGCAUGAAUUUUUAAGAAACGUUUACAUGAGUAAUUUUGAAUUUUAAGGUUUGUAUGGAAAAAUUGAAUAUUUUGAACUGAACCACCAACAUCAUUUUUGAUUCUUCCGUGGAACCGAGCCUGCUUAUAGUUUUUGUACCAAUUUAUAAAUUCUCUAAAGGAAAUUUUCCGCUGAAAGACUUCUUUGAAGCCCGUAGCUUCGUAUGUUACUAGGCAAAAAAGUUAUAAGGCGUUGAAUGAGGGAUGUCUUUUGGCAUUGAAAAACAAAAAAUUCGAUUGAAAUCAUUGCUGGGUGUCUAGCGGAGGUAUUGCAUGACUAAUUUUGAAGCAAUACUUCGCUUUCUUCUGAAUUUUCUCAAAAAAUAAGCGUUUGGUGCUGUUUUUUUCUUCAGAACAUCUCCUAAAAAUACACCGUGUCCCGUGGGGUCUCGUUUUCCAGGGUAACGACCAGUGUGCGAGUGGGAGGACGGUUUUUUUUCCUUUUUUGGAAUAAUUUUGGAACCUGCAUUACACUAUAUAACCCCGCCCCCUUGUCCGGGACUGAACUGAUGAUGAAGUUGCGCGCUAGUAGAUUGAUGAUGAUGCUGGCUGCUCCCCGUGUCGUAGGACUUGAACGUUGAAGGCAAGCGAAUGAGCGAGUGAGUCGGACCGUUUGAAUGUGGAACUUUUUCGAAGCAAAAAUUGUAAUGAUGAUGGUUAUACGGCGGCGAUAGUUUUGAUGAGGAUACUUUAUUCUAUUAGAAUGUGGAAAAUGCGUGCAUUGGACGACCUGCUGAAUGAAAAUGGGAAAAAAAACUUACACAGAACUGAUAUGAGGGUGCACGGACGAGAGAGUUUUGGUCCACCCACACAGAACACACAUUCCGUUCACUGAAGGGGUCAUUAAAAGUUUCUGCUCACAUAGUUCUCGUUAUCCGACCAUUUUGAUUAAUUAUCGCAAGGGAUAUCCCUUGCGCAGAUGAUUUUCAACUAGUUACUGUGUAAACACUUGAUUUUUUCUUUCUCAGAAGCCCAUUUUCCUGACUGAGAUAACUUUUCCCAGUUGCAGUAUUAGGGCUCAUUAAUUCAAAUAAACAGGAGUAAUGUUGACAUUUGCCAAAGAGGCUUAUACUUGUGAAGGAUUAAUAUCAAGUUCGAAAUGAUUUUUUUUAAUCCUUUGCAGAACAAGGACGGGUAAUCAUUUAUGGUCUAGAUCCGUAUUUUAAAAACUGCCUUCUAUUUUAACAUUUUUUAGCUGGGACACCAU